UUUGAAUGUCACGGUCAAUAACACUGAGGUAUUUAUUGGUACCGCUGCUGCGUAAAGUGUAGUUAUUUUUUCACCAAAGUUAUCUAUUAGCUUUCAGAAAAAAAUCUACAAAAUGGGGCCUAAACGUUCCCUAGAUUUUGAUUUAUUUCUCAGAAUAUACGUGCGCGUUCUUUUAGUCGUCGCAUUUUGUUACAUGGAAACAAUGAUACCAUUUGUCCGAGUGGUACAGAAGGCUGAACUGGAGACGUACUACAUGUACCCACGCGUGGACUCGUACGUGCCAGGCAGCGUGCUGUGGACCAUAGUCCUCGCCGUACCGUGCCUAAUAUCGCUGAUGGCGUGGGCCUGGUACAACGACUGCAAUGAUGCUUUUGAGAUCCUGCUGUCAUGGUCCUUGGCUCUUGGCAUCAAUGGCGUCUUAACUGAUAUGGUCAAACUCAUUGUUGGCCGACCACGUCCGGAUUUCUACUACCGCUGCUUCCCUGAUGGUGUGGAGCCGAAGGUGCUGGGAUGCACUGGAGACCUGGCCGAUAUUCUGGAGGGACGCAAGUCUUUCCCUAGUGGACACAGCAGCCUCUCCUUCUGCUCGCUGGGCACGGCGUCCCUCUGGAUCUGUGGCCGUCUAGGCGUAUUGUCACGGCGGCGUGGCAGUGCCGUGCGAGUGAUGUCGUGCCUGUUGCCGCUGAUGGUGGCCACCUGCAUCGCACUCUCCAGGAGCUGUGACUACCACCACCAUUGGGAAGAUAUCCUGGUGGGUUCAGUUUUAGGGUUCAGCGUGGCGAUAUUCUGCUACCGUCAAUACUACAACCCGCUUUCAUCCGACCUAGCCGGGGUUCCGUACAUCGUAUCUUGCGUGAAUUCAGCCAAAUAUUUCAACGGCAAACCAGAUAGUCCUGUGAAGGAGAUCAAAGAAGAAGCCACGCCCCUUUUGGGAACGAAAAAGGAUGAUAAGUGGAUCUAAAUAUGGGUAGGUCUGGUUUUUAAGUAUUUUAAGUUUUGGAGUGGAAGGAGAGAGUGUGAAAGAGUGCGGUGUUGUCUCUUUCGCACCUUAAAUUCAGGUUUUUUUUUAGUUUAUGUCCUGGAAAAGAUGGGUGCAGUUUAACAAGACGUGAUUUUGAUAAAAUUUUUGGAAAUUCAAAGUUUUAAUGCUUUGUUCGACCUGAGAAUUGAACCUGAAACCUCAUGCCCGGUAGUCACAUUUACUAUUAGAUGUUUUAUGAACGUUUCCACCAGUUGGUGGCACCAACUACUUCUAAACCAACUCUUAACUAAAAGCCACUUAGCGUGGCGUAACACCUAAACUAACCACUUACUUACACUGUUAGGUGUUUUUUAUAGGUAGGUGAAAACCGAAAUGUCGUUGAAGGUCACCUCACCUAGCUUAGGGGUUCCUUAAAAUUUAGGAAUCGUUGGUGAAAAAUGGGCAUUACAUAGUCAAACGUCAACAAAAUUAUACACCUCUGCCUACCCCCUUCAGGAAUGAGUGAAAGAGACAACGCUAUACAAAGCACACACCUCUCUCUUUCUAUUUCAAAAUAGACAGUCAGCCAAGUCAUUCAGUAUUUAGGUAAGAAAAUAAAGAUACGAUUCAGUACAGAGAUA